AUGAAUACCACAAUUAGUUACCUAUUCAGUUACACACCCAAUUUUGGGAACCUGACUAUGUUCUUUGGAUGUUCAUCUAUCAGUACAGCAUUAGCUUCCAAUAAGUUCCGUUGUCAUGAGAAUGGUACCUUGGUUAAGAAUGGCUAUUUCACAAUUGGAUCUAUUCCAACUGAUAGAGAUCUUGGAAACUGCAUGAACAGUGUUACAGUCCCCGUGCUCCAAACAGCAUACACUGGAUCACGGAUGACGCAGCAUGCACAGUGUGCAGGAUUUGGUGGGAGAUGUGGAUACAACUCAAGUUAUUUUAAACCUAUAUGUUUCUAUCCCAAUAAAGCUUACUUGAUGAGAUGUCAACUUCCACCAGGAAACCAUGCGAAUCCUGGGGUUCGAAUUUUUAUAGCUGCAUCCGCGUUUGGAGCUUGCAUUCUUUUGGUGAUAUCCAUCCUAUGUGUUUGCUUUAGAAGGAACUAUAUUGCAUACGUAUGUGGGCCUUUCUGGAGGAAGAUAGCAAAGAAAUUUGAAAAUUUAGAAGAUAUUCUAGAGAAAUGUGGACCUAUGGCACCAAAGAGAUAUCGCGAUUCAGAUAUAAAGAAAAUGGCUGGAUCUUUUAAGGACAAAUUAGGACAGGGAGGCUAUGGAGUUGUGUAUAAAGGGAAUCUGCAGGACUGUUGUCUGGUUGCGGUAAAGGUUCUGAAUGAGUCCAGGGUAAAUGGAGAAGAAUUUGUAAAUGAAGUCUCCAGCAUUAGCAGGACUUCACAUGUAAAUAUUGUCACCCUUCUUGGUUUUUGCUUUGAGGGGUCUAAACGAGCACUCAUAUAUGAGUUCAAGCCCAAUGAGAUUUGGGGUUUCAAUAUAGUCUCUAGUUUUUGA